AUGAUCCGGAACAGACUAACAGAGAUCAACAAGAUUGUGACUCAUAUGGAGACCCACGGAACUCAAGUAUUCUUUGGUUAUAUUCCAUCACAAUACAAUCCAGCAGAUUGUGCAACGCGAGGAUUAACUCACAAUGAAUUGCAAAACCAUUUCUGGUGGAGUGGACCUCCCUUUUUGCAUGAGCCUACAGAUACUUGGUUCCUGGACUAUCAGUUGUUCCAUCGGGGUAAAAAUUCAGAGGACAGAGAAAAAAGAGUUGUACCGCAGAUAGAAAAAGAAGAUGUAGUUGUAAACGAGGCAACCACGUCAAAGAAAAACAAAAAGAAAUACUUCGAUAUCUUCGCUCCCCUGCAAAGACGAUCAUACACAACCAUCAAAAGAAUUGUUGUAAGAAUGCUCUGUUUUAUACGAGUUGUAGUGCACAGAGUUAAUGGAGAAGACGAGAAGAAAAUUUCGCUUUCUUCUCUCCUCCGUGAACAAGUUAACACAAGUAACCCAAGUAUCGGAGGAAAAGAAAUUUCGGUUGCGGAGUUGAUCAUAGUGAUGCCACAUCAGAACAUAGCCAUCACACCUUCAAUCGUGAAAGCUAUGCAACAUUUGAAUAUCAAGUCUGACGAGCAUAAUCUCGCAAGAUGCUUCGGACGCUCAGGAAACAGCCCUCUGAAUGACAAUCAUAAAAGAAUCUCACAACAAGGGACACUCUGGGAUUAA